UGGAGAGAGUGAAAGAUGAAUUUGCAGUGUGAUCGUGUUUUUUUUUUUAUUUUUCGUUUUUUUUUUUAUUUCUCUUUAGAAUAAACCGUGUGCAGCCGUCGGUGUGUGCUGCUCGCAUGCAGCCUGGCUUGCAGCCCCACCCUCUUCUCCUCUUCUGCCCGACUCCCUCAGGAUAUUUUUAGCGCUGAUGGUGUGCCCUGUCAAAUCACGUAACGGAAACAACCUCAGAGAAGCAGAGCCGCCGUGGAGAGCCCGCCGCUUUUGCUCCGUUUAUAUUCUAUAAUCUGCAGGAGAAGUGAGAUGCAAUUUCAGAUGAAUUUGGCGUUUUGCGUGUUGGUGCUUCUUACCGGCUCAUCGCAGACGAGAGGUCAGAGCAGUGCGUUGCCCCUGACUACCCUGCCAAGUCAUGCUGGAAGCUCAGCAUCUCCUGACCUGACAGAAGACCCUGAGGUCUCACAGCGGACUCACAGCGGGGAGGAAAUCUCACCUGAAACCACAACCGUUACCAAGACCGAAGGGACAGUCCAUACAGAGACUGUGACACACUUGUUGACCACAAGCUCUGCAGUGGCCAAACCUUCAGCUACCACAGACAACCUUUCAUCCGCGCCGACUGUGCAGAGCGCCGUCCCUCCGCAGCACAUCUCAACCCCUGAUGGCAGAGUCAUCCUGACCACAGAUCCCUUCACCGCCUUUUCAUCUCAGCCAGCCCCCACAGUGCAGCAGGACACAAGCUCCACAGCCCACGCAUUCACCAUCCAGCCACGGUCUGAAUCACUAACCACAGCCGCCACACAGCCGCCAACCACGGGACGCCCUCUUACCUCAGCUCCGGGCCAGGGUCCAGCUGGGCAUGCACACCGGGAGGGCCCCUCUGAGCUUAAUGUCGGAGAUGAAGAGCUCAAGGGGCCCCGACACCGCUCCAGCUCCCCUCUAGACCCCCUGCUGGCUGGCCUGCUGUCAGUGUUCAUCGUCACCACUGCUGUUGUCUUCGUCAUCCUCUUCCUCAAGUUCCGCCAGCGGACAAACCACCCAGAGUUCCAUCGGCUGCAGGAUCUGCCCAUGGAUGAUCUGAUGGAGGACACGCCUCUCUCCAGAUACACCUACUGAUGGACGCAUCCUGUCAGUCACUUCCACCGCUCAGAGAACAGAAGCAAAGCAGAGGCCAAAGGAAGACCAGCGUGGAUCUGAGAAAAGCCUUUGACUGGAUGCAGCUGCAUCUCUGCAGAGGAGUUCAGUGAUAUAAAAUAUGUAUUUGUGGUUCCACGAGAAGGAUCCAUAAAGACUUUUAAACGGGAGGUUUCAGAAGCACUUUGUUCCACAUUCCCUUUAAAUUUCCGGAGAUCUUCAGUCCAGUGGAAACCUAUUUGUUUGUGCCUCUUCUGCACCCCUGGCUGAUUCCCCAUGUAUGCACAGCACUUUAAUGUGGAGCGAAUGGUCGCAGUGCCCCCUAGGGGACAUCUGAGGUAAUGUGGAUCAAGGUUGCAUGGAUUCCUCCUAUGUAAUUAAUAAGACAACCUCAGGUUAUACCAGCGAGAAACAAGAGAGUGAGAGACACAUGGGAAAGUCUCCAACAUGCCUAAAAUGAUUAGGGAAUAUAAAUUAUGAUCCCUUAGGUGACCAAAUAUUAGCAAAGUGCACUUCCAAACCAAAUUGCCAGGUUGCACGUGUUGUCUUAAAGCUGAGGUCUUGCAGAAAAAACUACACACAAAUCAGUGAUUUUAUGAUUCAGUGUUCCUACGUAGUAUGGAAAUGUAUGGAAUUUGAUUUUAGUCUUUCGAGGUCUGGAUAAGUAUAGAAAAAACAAGAGAGUAUGGAAAAACAAUUGUGUCCAGACUAUUGCCCCUAUUCUGUUUUCUAAAAUUUUAAAUUCAGAAUUUCUAAAAAAUAAAUGGAUCAUACAAGCAGAGUGUUUUUCAUGGCGUUUGAUGCAGCCAAAAUGUUUACUACUAUGUGAGAUCGCGCAGGCCAGAGCGAGCUUGAUGUUGUAAGAAGCAAGGCAAGAAGAAGACAAUGGCGUAAGACUGAACGCACGCUCCUACGCAGAGCUGCCUCUACGCCUGUACGUCACAUCCAGGGCCGGCGAUUCCAUAUAGGCGAACUAGGCAUUUACCUAGAGCGUUCAAUAUAAUAUAAUAACAAAAAGUUACCAAAAACUGUAGGCAGACAGCACAGAGCGGCCUCUCCUAAUUCGGACUCAUCCUCAUUUUGGUUGAAAUUUGGUUUUAGCUCAUAGUGAACGUGAUGAACUGUGACCAGUGUUCCAGCUCAGCUCAGCUUGUCUGGCCGAUCUUGUUUUGAUUCAGUGCAGUGGUGAUGUACUAAACUGAGGAGGUGUCAACCACUAUGAGGUGUCUUGAAGGUUUUCAGCAUCAUCCCAGUCUGGGACGUCGUCUAACUUUCUGCGUAGGGCUGUGGACUGCACGGCCACAAUGGGGAAAUGCGAGUUUUCCGAGGGCUGGCUUGACAAUACCAAAUACAAAGCCUGGUUGGUUAAUAAUUCCAAAUGGGAAAAGAGAGCUGGAUGCAAACUUUGUGUAAAAUCGUUUCAAAUCUCAACCAUGGCAGAGGCCUCGAAGCACUGAAGUCUUGUCACAGCAUCCUCUGAACCUCGAGUUUUAAAGUCACCAAGUCAAAUAUGGUCUGAAAAACCUACAGAGAAGUCUAGAAAAGUAUUGAAUUUUGAAAUGGAAAAUGUGUAGGAACCCUGGAUUCAAAAGCCAUAUUUUUGGAAAAACAGACACAAAAUGUCUCACGGUAGAAUCCACUCAUUAUUCAAUUGCUCAAAUUCAUUAAUUAAGUUUCCUCAAAUGAUAUGUGGAAAAUAACAAUCUUGCAGCCUUUAAUAUGUAGUUACACGUGUUACGGUCUGAUGCUUGUAUUUAAAACUUGAAUUUGGUUAUUCUGUUUUCAAUGUUUAAUCCACACUGAGAAGAGACUUCGCUACACUAAAUAAACACUUUAAUAUGAGCAAAUUGUAAACACAUUAUUAUUGUGAAAUGUGUUGUAAAUUACAUGUUUAUAAAGAAUGUAUUUGUUUCUACACAAGGUGUUUGUUCAAAUGCUUUAAGUGGAGACAAUGAGAGGAGGCACACGGGAGUUUAGAUUAGCUGUUACCUGUAUCUGUAUUAGCUGCUGAGUAUCAUGCAAAUGUGCUGGAACUAAUCUGUUGUAUCACAGUUUUGACCUAUAGUGUGUUCAGAGUUACUUUACUGUUAAGUGCCAACAGUGAUGUAUAAUAAUAUGCCAUUGAAAUGUGGACUGUAAAAAUGUAUUGAUAUUAAGAUUUCCUGUUUGAUAAUAAAACAAACUACGAUACUGUCGCAUAUGCUUAGAGGGUGUAGGACCUUACAGCUACAUUAUGCAUUGUGCUGUGUCAUUGUAACCUGUUGGUUGGGAGUCCAGCAGCUCUGCAGAGAUAUAAAUCUACCUGUCUCGACAAGUAAUGUGGACUUUGAACAAAUACUCGGCUUAAAAAAAAGAAAGAAAGCCGCUCCCUCAAACGCACACCAGUGAUAACAAAACCUCACAUUCAAUGAAUACCCAUUCAACACUCAAAGCACAAGAUCAUUUAUAACCAAUGUAUAAUAUUUAUUAUCAUCAGUAUGACCAGUCAAACCCUGUUUCGAGUACAAGACAUACAAUACUUUUGAUCAACCAUUAUUCAGUUAUUCAUUAAAGUGCAAAAUCUGACUUUUUCAGCAACAUGAUGUAGUGAUAUUUUGUUAUAAAGUCCAUCAAACACGUAUGGUCAAAUUCCCUUCGAAAUGUCCCUAUUUUAUUACAGCUUCUUCUUCAU